AUGAAGAUGCAGCCUCCCAGUCUCUGCACAUCAGGCCUGCACACCAUCCACAAGUCUACUGACUAUGGAACCACCUACACCAAACUCAAUCUGAUGCCAGGGACAACAAUUGUGGUGACCAGCUUCUAUAUCUGCCCAACCAACAAAAAAAAGGUGGUGCUGGUAGGCUCAUCCAUUAAUGAACGGGAUCAGAUGCUGUUUAUCAGCACAGAUGAAGGCUCCUCCUUCCAGCGACAGCCCAUCGCCUUCAUUCCCGACACGCUCAUCUUCCACCCGAAGGAAGAAGACAAGCUCCUGGCCUACUGCAAGGAGAGCAGGCUCUAUGCCUCUACAGACCUGGGUCGCAAGUGGACUUUUCCAGAGCGGGUGACCAAGGACAAAGUGUUCUGGUCAAUAUCUGGUGUGGAUGUGGACCCUGAUCUGGUGCACAUGGAAAUGCAAGAUACAAGUGGAGGUUACCUUUAUGUCACCUGUCUUAUUCAGAACUGUUCGGAUAAAAUGGUGACGGCUCAGUUUCUUGGCAAAAUCGACUACAACUCGCUGCUGGUGCAGGACGACUACAUAUUUGUCAAGGUAAAUAUUACCACAACAAACAGGACAAGGUUUCAGGUAACUUACCGUAAAAAUGUAGAGGUGAGACAGAGAUAUCCAGAGUGCGCUUUACCCCAGGAUGUUCAGAUAGUCAGUACGGAUGAGAGCCAGGUCUUCCUUGCCAUCCAGGAGUGGUACCAGUCAGACACGUAUAACCUGUACCAGUCUGACCCCCAGGGCGUCUACUACUCCAUCGUCCUGCAAAAUGUUCGCAGCACCAAGCAGCCAGAGGAAAAUGUUCUCAUCGACAUACUUGAGGUGCGUGGCAUCAAAGGAGUCUUCCUGGCCAAUCAGAAGAUCGAUGGCAAAAUGACAACUCUCAUUACCUACAACAAAGGACAAACCUGGGAACCCUUGACACCACCCACCACUGACAUGAAUGGCAAGCCCAUCAGCUGCAAAGUGCCUGACUGUCACCUACAUCUCCACCUGCGCUGGGCGGACAACCCUUACGUGUCUGGGACUGUCCACACCAAAGACUCUGCUCCAGGUCUCAUCAUGGGUGCUGGUAACCUUGGCUCCAAACUGGUAGAGUAUAAGGAAGAGAUGUACAUCACCUCAGACUGUGGGAAGACGUGGAGACAGGUUUUCGAGGAAGAACAUCACAUCCUGUACUUGGACCACGGUGGGGUCAUUGUUGCCAUCAAGGAUACUUCUAUUCCCCUCAAGAUACUAAAGUUCAGUAUUGAUGAGGGACGGACGUGGACCAUCCACAACUUCACCAGCACCUCUGUGUUCGUUGAUGGACUCCUAAGUGAGCCAGGGGAUGAGACCCUGGUUAUGACUGUGUUUGGUCACAUCAGCUACAGGUCAGACUGGGAGCUGGUCAAGGUGGACUUCAGGCAGUCUUUCCCCCGUCGGUGCAUCGAAUCUGAUUACCAGUCCUGGCAGCUUACUGACUUGCAGGGAGAGAAGUGCAUUAUGGGCCAGGAGCGCAGUUUCAGAAAAAGGAAGGAAACGGCAUUCUGCAUCAAAGGAAAAAACUACACAUCAGCUCUGACCACCAAACCCUGCCAGUGCACAGAGAGAGACUUUAACUGUGACUAUGGUUUUGAACGGUCGACCAUGGAAGACAAUCGCUGCUUUGCUGACUUCUGGCAUGAUCCAGAUUCACCACUGAGAGACUGCCUUCUAGGACAGACCUACGAGUCCAGCACUGGCUAUAGGAAGAUGAUCUCGAACUUGUGUGAAGGGGGGCUGAACAAGCGGCAGAGCGCCAAACAGCACAAGUGCCCUCUGCUGCCCCCUAAAGGACUACAGGUGGGCAUCAAGGGUCAGAUGUUGGCCGUGGCGCCUGGUGAUGACAUCACAUUCGUUGUCCACCAGGAACAGGGUGACACCAGCACCACCAAGUAUCAGGUGGACCUUGGUGACGGGGUGCGGGCCAUCUACCAGAACCUGACGGUGACAGAUGAGCCCAUCCAGCAUCGCUACAAAGAUCCAGGCAUUUACAAGGUCACUGUAAAGGCUGAGAACAUGGCAGGGCACGACGAGGCCACCAUGUACAUCCAGGUCACAGCCCCUCUACAGGAAGUGCACCUGGAAGUGGUUCCCAUCACAGAGAGAAACCAUGAGGUCAAUCUGACAGCCAUCGUUCUUCCCACUGAGGCCAACUUGUCUGUCUUCUACUGGUGGAUAGGAGACAACCUGCGGCCUACACUGACUCUGCAGAAUAGCCUGCUGACUCGUUUCCCACAGACGGGCGAGGUUUCAGUCACUGUCCAGGCUUCCAAUGGCCGAUCAAUGGUGCAGGAUACCAGGACAGUUCAAGUCUACGAUAACGUCCAGGUCAUCCCUCUGAGUUUCAGCUCCAACCUGGACCGCUUCAAUCCAAACAUCCCAGAAUGGAGAAAGGACAUUGGACAGGUGGUCACCAAAAUACUCGUCAAGACCACAGGUGUCCCUAUGGAGUCCCUGGUGACAGUGGUGAAGCCGGGCCUCCCCACCAGGGCUGACUUGUACAUUCUCCCUCUGGACAGCAAACCAGCCAAGAGGAGCAUGUUUGGAGACAAGCGUAUUCCAGCCAUCAUACAAGCCUUCAACGACAACAAUGUGAGCUUUGUGGUGCGAGGAGGUCUACAAGUGCUGGUGAUGCUGGCCGACCCCAAUGCAGGCUACCAUGGAGCUGCAGGAGGUCUGGGUGUGUGGGCUCUAGCCAUCAUUUUUCUAAUCAGCAUCAUCACCACCAGCUCUUUCAUCCUGUACAAGUUCAAAAGGAAGCUCCCAGGCAACCGCAACGUCUAUGCCCAGAUGCACAAUGAGAAGGAGCAGGAAAUGACCAGCCCUGUCAAUCACAGCGAGGACACCCAGCACAUCAUUCAGGGGGAGGAGUUCAUCGAUGACGACCUUGACUCACAGACUCUAGGUAACCAUUCUGGUGUGGUCCUGAGCAUCAACUCCAGAGAAAUGCACAGUUACCUGACCAGCUGAUGGCUGCCAUGACCAUGCUAACGAGCUAGCCUAGCUGGCUAACGAGCACAGGGACUCCACUCCGCCUUCCUCCUCUCAGCUCUCCUUUUCGUCUUUUUCCUUGGACAGUUCAACCUCCACACCAAGUCCUCCUCAACCCUUCUUCUCCAGCGCGUGGGAUUUUUUUUUUUUUUUUUUGGGGGGGGGGGUAUUUGCUGGUGUUACACCCAGGACACUCUCACGUCUUUAUUUUGCAAAGACAACCUUUGUGUAUGUUGUCUCUUACUUGUAGACACUCUGAAUCAGCCAGCAUGUCUCACUGCACUGGUUUCCAGUAAUCUUCACAGUCACAGGGUUGAACUGAGCUACUGAAAGGUAGUGGGUGGCCAAAGGCAGGUGUGCUAACAUGAUUUCCAAGCAAUAAGGGUAGUGUGUAUUAACUAAUUGAAACCUGAGUAAAUUGGCUUGAUUUUUUUUUUCAAAAACAUGGAAAGAAGACA